CCAGGUAGCCUACUGAUUGGGAAUAGGGUGGGCCAAGAGGUCUAGCGUAUAAAACUGAACCUUUACACGUCUCCGUCACUCUGCAUGUACACAGACUGCGUUAGAGUAAGACAAGAUGCUUGGAAACGAUGUAUUGAUGUGCUUCAUCUUCUACAGCACACUGUUAAUUUUGAAGAUGUACAUCAUUGCCAUCAUCACGGGGCAAGUGAGACUUCGAAAAAAAGCGUUCGCGAAUCCCGAGGACGCAGUAAGACACGGAGGUGUGCAGUUUUGCCGCAACGAUCCAUACGUGGAACGCUGUAUGAGGGUGCAUCGCAAUGAUAUGGAGAACAUUUUCCCCUUUUUGUUUCUAGGGGCUGUAUAUUCCAUGACUGGCCCCUCAUAUUCAGUAGCACGAAUCCACUUUUUGGCCUUCUUCCUGGGUCGAGUUCUUCACAGUGUGGCAUACCUGUUGGCCCUUAAAGCACCAACACGUUCAUAUGCCUAUGUCAUUGCUCAGGUGCCUUGUGUUUCCAUGGCAAUACAGAUUCUAAUGGAUGUAGCCUCAUUUGCAUGACGCUGACCAAAAUUGAAUUAUGUGUUGAUCGGUCAAGACUUUUCAGCAGUUACAACAGUGUAGUAUGCGGGGGUUUUUCAUCCUUCUCGUCAGCAGUAUGAAUUUACUUUUGACUUUGAGACCAGACUUAUGCCUGACUGCUGUUAUAUUGCAAUGUCUAAAUAGUAUGUUAUCAUGCAGAUGAAGGGUAUUUAAUGUCAUCUUCUCAUAAUUGUAUUUUUAUUAUUUUUAACACUGAGGUUUGCAUAUGCUCUUGUCAUAUUUAUUUACAGUAUUUGCUACAACAGGCCUUAUUCUCCUUGAAUGGACUUGAAGUCCAUAAAGAAGAAUUUAUACCUCAGAGCAAUGCAGUGACCUACAACUUUUUACUCUCCUACUGCAAAGUUUACACAAGCAAUAACUGCUGAGGUCAGUUCAUAGUCUACGUGACUGUUCAGCAAUAGCUUUCCAAACUUGAAAGCAUUCCUCUGUUGUUACAGAAUGUGAGCUCUUUUGAAAGUCCAGGCCUUUCAAAAUUAUUGUAGCGUUAAACAAAUGCUGCUGCACAAACACUGCCCUUUCUCUGUGUCUGCCAAACUUUGGGUUUAUGACUUUUCAAACACAGCCUCCAAUUCACAGUUGGGUGCUAUUGUCCUGUCCUCAAGAACACGGCUUUACAAUACUAUAAGUUCAAGUUUCUGGUAAUUCAUCACACUGAACUUGUUAAACUUGUGUUAAAUGUUUUUUUUUGUUUGUUUUAUUAAAUUGUGUGUGUGUGUCUGUGUGAGAUAAACAGAGAGGAAUGUAAUUACCAAACAAAAAUAAGACCUCUAAAACUGUUACUAUAAACAAAACUUGUGAUCUCAAUCUUCAUUGUUUCUGCAUUGUAUGGUAUAUAAACUCAGCAAAAAAGACCUCUCACUUUCAACUGCUUUUAUUUUCAGCAAAAUGAACGUGUAAAUAUUUGUAUGUACAAAAAGCUUCAACAACUAAGACACAAACUAAACAAAAAUUAAAUAGUAACAGUCAGUUACUUUUACAUUAUGUACUGCAGUGAAUCUUCUCCUCAUGGACUGCACCAGAUUUGCCAGUUCUUGCUGUGAGAUGUAAACCCACUCUUCCACCAAGACACUUGCAAGUUCCCAGACAUUUCUGGGGGGAAUGGCUCUAUCCCUCACCCUCCGAUCCAACAGGUCCCAGUCGUGCUCAAUGGGAAUGAGAUCCGGGCUCUUUGCUGGCCAUGGCACAUUUGCAGUCCUCAUGCCUCCAUGCAGCAUGCCUAAGGCACAUUCACGCAGAUGAGCACAGACCCUGGGCAUCUUUCUUUAGGUGUUUUUCAGAGUCAGUAGAAAGGUCUACUUAGUGUCCUAAGUUUUUAUAAUUGUGACCUUAAUUGCCUACCAUCUGUAAGCUGAUAGUGUCUUAAUGACCGUUCCACAGGUGCAUGGUCAUUAAUUGUUUAUGGUUUAUUGAACAAGCAUGGAAAACACAAUAAAGAUCU